AUGAGGAACACUUGCCCAGCUGCAGGCCGGUACUAUGUAUCGACUGCAUAUCGGACCUGUACGGACAGGCGUAUCGGAUUUGUACCGGCAUUGUCAAGCUGGUAUUUACAAUACCGGACGUGCUACUACCCUAGAAACCAGCAAGACGAGUUAGUUGAAGACAUCACUAUCAUCCGGGGAACAUUGGACGCCGUGCCCGCAGUCUCCGACCUUCUAGAUACCGCAGUGCAAUGGCUAGUAUCCCACAACAGAGCGGGACAGUGGGGGACAGCGCCGUUCUCCGAGAAUUCAGAUCGCGCCGAGCAGUUCCGGGAAUUUGCAACUACUGGCCAUGGUCUUUGGCUUGCUGUCAAGGGUACGGAUACCAUGCCCGGAGAAGCUCCGAUGGACAUCGUGGGGGCACUUGCGCUUGGAGAUAGGUCGCCCUAUGUGGCCCCUGUAUCUGAGCCGGAGCUUUACGUGCGAUUACUAGUUACGGAUCGACAAUACGCUGGCAAUCAGAUUGGCAGACGCCUCUUGGACCAUGCCCGUGAUCUUGCCCGCAAGGCUAGAGUCUCAUUGCUGCGAGUAGAUUGCUAUGCAGGUGGCGACGGCAAGUUGGUCCGAUACUAUGAGUCCCAGGGGUUUCAGAAAUUUGAGGGUUUGAACAGGAAACACGAAUGGCCUUAUCAGAAGUGCUUGUUCAACGGUUAG